CCUUUCGAAAGGCGCUACCCGCGGUGCAACUGGACAUUACGAACAUCGAGCAAUGGGCGGCCAACGUCGUUGAGACGAUGGAAGGAGCCACCAAAGAGCUGGAGACGGACGAACGGAUAGACAAGAUGGACAGUCGGCUGGCCCACCUGAUAGAAGCCAAGCAGUCCAUAAAGGCGAGGUGGCAGAAGCGACGAACCAACCGAAGUCUAAGGAAGAAGAUCGCCGAGCUGAACAGGCAGAUCGAGGUCCACUGCAGGGUGCUAUGCACCCAACAGUGGAACGAGGCCUGCAACGAAGCCGACGGACAGAUGCACAAGGGCAAGACGUGGAACAUGCUGUGGCACCUCCUCGACGAAAGCACGACGAAGGGCCACCAACACAACAACCUAGCCAGAAUCCUACACAAGGCAAUCUGUGAACACGGGGAGGACGAGGUCAAGGGGCGCUUGAACGCCAAGUACCUACCGACCACCCCCACAGAAAGACACCCGGAUUACCAAGGCAACGAGAACGAGACGCUAGAUCGAGACAUCCAGACAUGGGAAGUCAGAGUUGCCCUGCAGGAUCUCAAUGGCAGGUCCGCCGCGGGUCCCGAUCGAGUUACCAACAGAGCGCUCAAGAACCUCAACGAAGCGGCCAUCGAAACGCUCACGAACUUCUACAACAAGUGCUGGCAAGAAGGAAGGCUGCCCAAGCAAUGGAAAGCAGCCAAGACGAUCCUCAUCCCCAAGCCUGGCAAGCCGCCCAACAUAGAGAACCUCAGGCCGAUCUCGCUCACUUCUUGCGUGGGAAAGGUCCUCGAGCACGUUCUCAUGAACAGGUGGCAGCGUUACCUGGAAGAAUCGGAGCUUUACCCAAAUUCCAUCAUCGGGUUUCGGAAGAAGCUCGGGACGCAAGACGCCAUGAUCUUACUGAAGAACGAGAUCAUCGACGAUACGACGGGCACCAAGGACAACAGAGCCAUACUCGGGCUGGACUUGCAGAGCGCCUUCGAUAAAGUGAGGCACUCGGCUAUCCUGGCCCAAGUAUCCAGACUAAACAUGGGCAGAAGGACAUACCAGUACAUCAAAGACUUCCUGACGGAACGGACCACCGAAAUCUGCGCGGGAGACCUGCAGCUCGAAGAGAAGAAGCUGGGGAGCGUCGGAACGCCACAGGGCUCGGUGAUCUCCCCGCUUCUCUUCAACCUCGUGAUGAUCGGGGUGGCCAACCGGCUAGAAAGAGUAGCGGGAGUCCGACACACCAUCUACGCCGACGACGUUACGCUAUGGGUACCGGGAGGAAGCGACGGACACAUCGAGACAACGCUGCAAGAAGCGGUCAACGCCAUCGAGGAGCAGCUGGGCGGGUCUGGACUCGUUUGCUCUCCGGCCAAGUCAGAACUGCUGGUGAUUCCACCGGCAGGAGCGGGCAGGAAAAGAAAGAAUAUGGAAGUCGAGUACGAGCGGCCCAAGAUCACGGUCAAGACAGCGUUAGGACAAGUAAUACCGGAGGUCGAGAAGAUUCGAGUGCUCGGGCUGCUCAUCCAGCGAAACAGAGUCAACGGUGAAACGGUCAACAAGCUCUCGGCCAAAGCGGCCGCGGCAAUGAGACUCAUCAAGAGAGUGUCCAACAGAAGAGCGGGGAUGAAGGAGGAGAGCCUGACUAGGCUCGUUCAAUCCUUCGCAGUUAGCCACAUAACGUACGUGGCCGCUUUCCACAACUGGAGGCCGAGCGAACGUAACAAGAUAGACGCCACCAUACGCAAGGCGUAUAAGGCGGCACUCGGCCUCCUCGGGAGCACGAGCACCGAAAAAUUCAUGGCGCUGGGAGUCCACAACACGCUGGACGAAAUAGCCGAAGCACAGAGAACGGCGCAACUCGAGCGUCUCUCUGAAACGAGAACCGGAAGAAAGAUACUGCGGGACCUUGGCCUCGAGCCGAGGGAAGGCGAGCAGCAGAAAGACGUACCUAUACCGGAUAGCAUCAACAGACAGCUCAGGGUCUGCCCGAUCCUGAGGAACGUGAACCCCGAGCAUAACAAGGAGCGUAGGUUGGCGAGGGCCAGGGCUCUCGUGGACCUCCACGCCAGAGAAGAAGGCGCCAUCUACGUGGACGCGGCGGAGUACCCCGGGAGCAGCGACGCAUACGCGGUGGUGGCUGUCGGGGCAUCGACGGGUGCAACGAAGACCGCGGCGAGUGUCCGGACUCGACAGGCGCACCGGGCGGAGGAGGUGGCCAUCGCCUUGGCCGUCUCCGACCCCGGAUGCACUACAGUGUUGUGUGACUCUAGAACGGCAGUGAAGAACUACGCCAAGGGUAUGGUAUGUAGUGAGGCUGCGCGCAUACUGCGCAAGGCCGAAGACAUCGGACGCACAAGCGCUGUGGUGAUCAAGUGGUUUCCGGCCCACAUGGGCAGUGACAUGUCGGAACGCGGGAACGGGAACCACAACGAGACGGCCAACUCGGCCGCGCGAGGACUAACCAACCGCGCAGCUGCAAGCACGGCCGACUCGGAGUGUUGGUCGCGGUGCAGUGCCAAGGACAAGAUGACCACCUUCAACGAGAUCGUGAAGUGGUACAGACUUAACAGACAGACUAUGCCGCCACCUCACCCGGGGCUUACCCGGAAGGAGGCAGUGUUAUACCGGCAAUUACAGACGGGGUCCCUGCUCACCCCGGUGCUAGCUAAACACGUGUGUCCGAGCGUGUACGCGAGUGACAUGUGUAGACUGUGCGCUAAGGAGAGAGCCACCGCGGCUCACAUCCUUUGGGACUGUCGUAUAAAUCCACAAGAAGCCAGCGAGAAAACGACGAUCCCGCCGCAGCUAGAGGCUGCAACGAAGAUAUAUGACCAAGAUACACAACUCAAGGCCGUCCAGCAGGUCUCGGCAGCUCUAGAGAGGCAGCGACCUCGCGAAACCGAGGAGAAAGGGGGCAGCACCCCGAGGAAGGGGGCGGCGGCCCUCUCGGAUCCGCGGAAGUAGCGAGGAACCAAGCCCUCGAAGAGCACAAUGCACGAGAUUGACGUAGUGGCCGCGUCGCGGUAAAAGCUUGUCCUCCCUGCGUGGAGGGAGCCUAACCGACUCUGCAGGCAUUUUCACUAAAGUUGUUCUCUCUCUC